AAACAUUGCGGAAGUCUUUUUUUAUAGGGAACAACGCUCUCACUUCCUGUACAGUUGGUUUUUUAGGACUACUAAACACAAAACAUCGCUGUUGGCUACUGAGGUGUGUGUUGCCAUUUAACACAGAUUGGUUACAUUGUAUCGCUUGAAUCGUGGAUUUAAGGACGCGAUCUGAUUCGAACUGGAAUCUUCUCACCGGAAAGAAGAAGACGUGAAAGUUUGUAGCCGUGAGCGGUUUUGUGGGGCUGGUUCGAGUUAACAUGCACAUGGUGUGUGGGAUGUCGCUGUAUCGUCAUUAGAACGACUACAAAGAGAAAAGGGGAACUCAUCACAGUAGUGUAUUCUCGCCAGACUAAAAACACGUCACACACACACACACAGUUAAGGCUUGCUACUCUACUGAGCACUUCAGGAUGGAACCACUUCGAAAACUUUGUAUAUCUUUGGCUUUGAUCCUGCCUUGUUUACAAUGGACAACUUGUUUCAAUCUGGACAUUGACAAACCCUAUGUAUUCUCUGGUCCUGAAGGAAGUUAUUUUGGAUUUUCUGUGGAUUUCUUCCAGCCAGAUGCCAAGCAGUCAAACAUUCUUAUAGGAGCUCCCAAAGCCAACACCUCCUCAGCUUCUACAGUGGUGGAGCGAGGGGCAGUCUAUACCUGCCCAUGGCAGAAGAGUAGUGACUGUACCCAAGUACAGUUUGACAAUACUGAUGAUCGUAAGAAUAACGAGGGGCUCCAGAUGGAAUUUAAGUCCAACCAGUGGUUUGGUGCCACGGUACGGUCACAUGGUGAACACAUCCUGGCCUGUGCUCCUCUCUACCAGUGGAGCACGUACAGCGUGUCAGAGAGAGAGCCUGUUGGAACGUGUUUCCUGAAGAAAGGACAGGAAGUUGUGGAGUACUCUCCUUGUCGAUCUAAAGCCAACUCUCCAGAGGGACAAGGCUUCUGUCAGGCUGGAUUCAGUAUUGACUUUGUCAAGAAUAACAGGGUGGUUGUUGGAGGCCCUGGUAGUUUCUACUGGCAAGGUCAGCUGAUAAGUGAUGAUAUCUCUGAGAUCAUCACCAGGUUCAAUAGACAAUACUACACUCCUUACAGUAACCAGCUGACCACUAAGUCUGCCAGCGCUCAGUACGAUGACAGCUAUUUAGGUUAUUCUGUGACUGUCGGUGACUUCAAUGCUGAUGGAGAAGAUGAUUACAUUACCGGGGUACCCAGGGGAGACAAAGCUCUAGGCUAUGUGAACAUCUUCAAUGGGAGGAAUAUGCAGUCUGUCCUGAACUUCACAGGAACACAGAUGGCUGCCUACUUCGGCCAUUCUGUGGCAGCGACCGACAUCAAUAACGAUGGGCUGGUGGAUCUGUUUGUAGGGGCCCCUCUGUUCAUGGACCGUGGUAGUGAUGGGAAGCUGAGGGAGGUGGGUCAGGUGUCUGUGUUCCUGGGGAAAGGAGGCUUCUCCUUCCACACACCCAUCACACUGAGUGGGACAGAGAUCUACUCACGCUUCGGCAGUUCUAUCGCCACACUGGGGGACCUGGAUAUGGAUGGCUUCAACGACAUUGCCAUAGCUGCACCCUACGGCGGGCAGAAGCACAGGGGCCUAGUGUACAUCCACAAUGGGAGGGCUGCAGGGCCUGACCCAGUGCCUUCUCAGGUCCUAGAGGGGAGGUGGGCCUCCUCUUACAUGCCCCGCUUUGGAUACUCCCUGCACGGAGCCACCGAUAUUGACCAGAAUGGAUACCCAGACUUAAUAGUGGGUGUAUUUGGUGCAGACAAAGCAGUUCUAUACAGGGCCCGGCCCGUCAUCAGUGUUAACGCCUCCCUGGACAUCAGCCCUCAGAUCCUCAACCCAGAGGAAAGGAGCUGCAAGCUGCCUGACAGUGACACUAAAGUGUCCUGUUUCAAAGUGAAGUACUGUCUUAAAGCGAGUGGAAGAGGUGCACCAGAUUCACUGAACUUCCAGGUUCACCUUGUCCUGGAUAGACUCAAACACAAGGGGGCGACAAAGAGAGUUCUGUUCCUCCACAGCAAAACUUCCCAGUACACAAAAAACAUGACGGUCAGCAACGGCCAAGGACCAGCCUGCGAGGAGCAAGAAGCCUUCCUCAUAGAUGACUCUGAGUUCCGGGACAAGAUCACUCCCAUCUCUGUGUUCAUGGAGUUUAGUCUGGACUACCAGCAGGCAGCAGAUAAGACCGGCCUACUGCCUAUCCUGGAGCAGACUACCACCACCAACAUCUCCAAACAGGCCCAUGUCCUACUGGACUGUGGAGAUGACAACAUCUGCAAGCCAGACCUCAAGCUGUCUGUAGUGAGUGACCAGAAGCAGAUCUACAUAGGAGAUGAUAACCCCUUGACCCUGGAGGUGACAGCGGAGAACAGAGGAGAGGGGGCGUACGAGGCAGAGCUACAUGUCUUCCUUCCUCCCCAGGCUGACUUCACUGGGGUCGUACGCAACAGUGAGACUCUGUCUAGAUUGUCCUGUGCAUACAAGACAGAGAACCAGACCAGGGUGGUGGUGUGUGACCUGGGGAACCCCAUGAAAGGAGGAAUUAAGGUGCUGGCCGGACUCCGCUUCAGUGUUCAUCAGCUCUCAGAGCAGGACACGUUUGUGAAGUUUGACCUGCAGAUACAGAGUUCCAACCAGUUCAACAGCACCAGCAGUCUGGUCUCCAGCAUCACAACGCUGGCUGUUCUGGCCAAUGUGGAUAUCAGAGGGGUGGCGCUUCCUGACCAGGUCUUCCUGCCCAUCGCUAACUGGAAGCCCAAAGAGAACCCUGUCGUAGGGGACGACAUCGGUCCACAAAUACUGCACAUCUAUGAGUUGCGUAACAGAGGUCCCAGUACCUUCAGCAAGGCCAUACUGGACAUCGAGUGGCCCUACAGGUUCAACAACGGCUCUCUGCUCUACAUCACUAAACUAGAGGUGGACGGAGGCAUGAACUGCAGUACAGACAUGGAGAUCAACCCACUCAAUGUCUCAAAUCCUUUGUCAGCAGAGACAAAUGGUUCAGCUUCCACCAGUGGAGACAAUACAGAAGGGAGGAACAGGAACCAUGUUCACCGCAGAGAGCUGGCGAAGAAAGAGAUGGAGGGAGACCUGGAAACUCUGGACUGUUCCAAGGCCCAGUGCCUGAAGAUCCGGUGUCAGGUGGGCCGUGUGGAGAGAGGUCAGAGUACUACCCUGUACGUCUACUCCAGACUGGGGGUGGCCACCUUCCUCAAGACUGAGAGCCAGAACCGAUCGUUCACCGUGAGAUCCUCCGCUUCCUUCAGCGUCAUAGAGAUGCCUUAUAACAAGAACCUGGUGUCUGAGCUGCCGUCCAACGCAAUUACGGUGAGUAUGUCAGUGAUCUGGUUGAAAUCUGAUCCUGAACCUGUUCCCGGGUGGGUGGUGGCGCUGGCUGUGCUGGCUGGACUACUGCUGCUGGCUCUGCUAAUCUUCAUCAUGUAUAAGCUGGGGUUCUUCAAGCGUGUACGCCCCCCUCAGGAGGACAACACGGAGAAGGAACAGCUGGCACCGCAGGAGAACGGUGACAGGAACAAUGAAGCCUGAGACCUCCAGCAACCCCCGGAGGUCUCCAGACUUCAAUGCAACACCAGGACCUGCAUCUACACACUAUCUCACGAGUAGAACAUUUUGCAAAUCAAAAAAAAUUUAAUCCCAUCUAGCCAGCAGAUAUUUAGGAGACCUCAUGAGCUGUCCUAACCAGUUACCAGUUACCAGUUGGUGUCUUGAUAAUAGAAAAAGGCAGCUUAGUCAGUGGUUCCUGACCCAUAGACCUGUUCCUGACCCAUAGACAGGUUCCUGCACCAUAGAUGCACCAUAGACAGGUUCCUGCACCAUAGACAGGUUCCUGCACCAUAGACAGGUUCCUGAUCCAUAGACAGGUUCCUGAUCCAUAGACAGGUUCCUGAUCCAUAGACAGGUUCCUACACCAUAGACAGGUUCCUGACCCAUAGACAGGUUCCUGACCCAUAGACAGGUUCCUGCACCAUAGACAGUCAAUUUAUUUUGAGUUGAAAGAAUGUUUAGCUAUUUCUAUGAUCAACCCAUACAUAAUCUAGACCUACAUUUGUCGCUAUUGACAAUGAUUUCACAAGAGGCCUAAUUCACAUGAUAUGACUCAAUAACUAUAGCCACCAAUGCAGGGCUGCCCAACCCUCUUCCUGGAGAACUAGUGUCCUGUAGGUUCAGUCCAACCCUCUUUCUGGAGAUCUACUGUCCUGUAGGUUAUCAAAAUCAAAUCAAAUGUAUUUAUAUAGCCCUUCUGACAUCAGCUGAUAUCUCAAAGUGCUGUACAGAAACCCAGCCUAAAACCCCAAACAGCAAGCAAUGCAGGUGUAGAAGCACGGUGGCUAGGAAAAACUCCCUAGAGAGGCCAAAACCAAGGAAGAAACCUAGAGAGGAACCAGGCUAUGAGGGGUGACCAGUCCUCUUCUGGCUGUGCCGGGUGGAGAUUAUAACAGAACAUGGCCAAGAUGUUCAAAUGUUCAUAAAUGACCAGCAUGGUCAAAUAAUAGUAAUCACAGUGGUUGUUGAGGGUGCAACAAGUCAGCACCUCAGGAGUAAAUGUCAGUUUGCUUUUCAUAGCCGAUCAUUAGAAGUAUCUCUACCGCUCCUGCUGUCUCUAGAGAGUUGAAAGCAGCAUGUCUGGGACAGGUAGCAUGUCCGGUGAACAGGUCAGGGUUCCAUAGCCGCAGGCAGAACCGUUGAAACUGGAGCAGCAGCACGGCCAGGUGGACUGGGGACAGCAAGGAGUCAUCAUGCCAGGUAGUCCUGAGGCAUGGUCCUGGGCUCAGGUCCUCCGAGAGCGAGACAGAGAGAAAGAAAGAGAGAGCGAAUUAGAGAGAGCAUACUUAAAUUCACACAGGACACCGGAUAGGACAGGAGAAGUACUCCAGAUAUAACAAACUGACCCUAGCCCCCCGACACAUAAACUACUGCAGCAUAAAUACUGGAGGCUGAGACAGGAGGGGUCAGGAGACACUAUCCCAUCCGAUGAUACCCCCAGACAGGGCCAAACAGGAAGGAUAUAACCCCACCCACUUUGCCAAUGCACAGCCCCCACACCACUAGAGGGAUAUCUUCAACCACCAACUUACCAUCCUGAGACAAGGCAGAGUAUAGCCCACAAAGAUCUCCUCCACGGCACAACCCAAGGGGGGGCGCCAACCCAGACAGGAAGAUAACCUACAGGACAGUAGAUCUCCAGAAAGAGGGUUGGACUGAAAACCUACAGGACAGUAGAUCUCCAGGAAGAGGGUUGGACUGAACCUAGCUGAGAUAAACUUUAUGAGUUUAUUUCUGUGGCUAGAACUCAGUGUCUUUAGCAUCCUAAAACCAACUCUGAGUUGUUGUUCUUAAACCAGAUUCUAAUAUGAUUCCUAGGACCUUUUCUGAGAUGCUUUGUGGAUACGGGGCCCUAGUCCUGUAUGUAUUCACAAAGCAUCUCAGAAUAAGUGUGGCGAUGUAGGAUCAGCCGUACCAGUACUCCUCCUGGGCACCUGGCUGUUUAUAGCUGCAUCUGGGUGACACCUUCCUGUACUAUAUGGAUGAGAGGAGUGGAAAAAUAGUGGUUUGAUUAAGUGCUGUUGUAUAUAAUCUUUGACUUCCAGACUCGCUCUCUCUGGACCUCUCUCUCUCUCUCUGGACCGCUCUCUGUCUCUCUCUCUCUCUCUCUCUCUCUCUGGACCUCUCUCUCUGGACCUCUCUCUCUCUCUCUGGACCUCUCUCUCUCUCUGGACCUCUCUCUCUCUCUGGACCUCUCUCUCUCUCUCUGGACCUCUCUCUCUCUCUCUGGACCUCUCUCUCUCUCUCUGGACCUCUCUCUGGACCUCUCUCUCUCUCUCUGGACCUCUCUCUCUCUCUCUGGACCUCUCUCUGGACCUCUCUCUCUCUCUCUGGACCUCUCUCUCUCUCUCUCUGGACCUCUCUCUCUCUCUCUCUGGACCUCUCUCUCUCUCUCUCUGGACCUCUCUCUCUCUCUCUCUCUGGACCUCUCUCUCUCUCUCUCUGGACCUCUCUCUCUCUCUCUCUGGACCUCUCUCUCUCUCUCUCUGGACCUCUCUCUCUCUCUCUCUCUGGACCUCUCUCUCUCUGGACCUCUCUCUCUCUGGACCUCUCUCGCUCUCUCUCUCUCUCUCUCUCUCUAUUCUUCUGUUUAUUUUUUUGCGUCUUAGAAGCUGUGUCUACAUAGGCAGCCCAAUUCUGAUAUUUUUGGACCAAUCAGAUCAGUUCGGGGAAAAACAUCUGAUGUGAAAAGAUCUGAUGUGGUUGAUCAAAAGAUCAGAAUUGGGCUGAAUGUAUAGACGUAGCCUUAGUGCACUAGACUUUCAGUUAAAUUAAUUGCUGCAACAAUGUGAAUAUGAGACAGCAAUUAUGAUAUGUGGUGUAACUCAGAGGGAUAGUUAUUUAAUAAUAAUAAUAUUGUAAGGUCUUUAAAGACUCGGCAUGAUUGGUGUUAAAAUAAUUUGGUAUGGAUACUGCAAGGUGUUGAUAGCAGGACAUACUAUGGGUUGUAUAUACAUAUCAAUACUUUGAUGAAUAAUUCAUUGAUGUGUUGUUUCUGCUCUAUAAAAAUGUAAGGCCGUUAAUAUAUAACUAGGGUUUUCAACUGUAAUAUGUUAUUUUCCUACGUGUGUAGGUGUACGAAAAAUCACAAGUCUCUGUGUAAAUGUUUUUUUUUUUUUUUGUACAAAAUGACUUCCAAGAAUGAUUUUACCGAUAUUGGGUGAUCAUCACAUUUGUUGUUCAUAUUAGAGUCACACUAACCAAUCAAACAGUAACACAGGAGUCACACUAACCAAUCAAACAGUAACACAGGACUCACACUAACCAAUCAAACAGUAACACAGGACUCACACUAACCAAUCAAACAGUAACACAGGACUCACACUAACCAAUCAAACAGUAGCACUUAUUCCCUACUUCACCUGUUUCUUCUCACUUUUUGGUUGUAUUAUGUAUCUUCAUUUAGUGUGUUGUUCCAUGGCAGGCGACACCUCACUUCGCUGUGAGCAGUGAAUGGACUGGGGGACCGGUCCCUAUUCAGACUUCCAGCUCUUCCAUCCUCGGUCAUAUUUCUCUUUGGGUUGUGUUUUUUUUUUAUGGUGAUAAUGUAUUCUUUUCCCACAAGAAACAAACAUGUUUCUGGUUGAGCUUAUUCUUUCAUAAAUUAAAUGUUAAAAUAUA